AUGAAAGCCAUGGCCCUACCCAGCGACCCUGUCCCUACCCACAUUCCAGCCGUUGUGAAACCGCUGGCUCCUUACGUCAAAUCCCGUCAGGAAGCCCGUCAGAUCCGCCAGGCAUUGACAUUUUAUCUUCGAUCGUUUAUCGAAUUCGACGAGAACCAAUCGACUCACCUUGCUCAGUCCCACCUUGCCCUGUGUGCGCCGACUGCUGCCGUUAGAGAGGUGAAGCGCAUCCCCACCAAUCUCCACGGACUACGAAAGGACUACUUGAAGGCGUUAGCGGCAAAUGUUGCAGCUCGAAAAGAAUUUGCCGCGGCUUCUGAGAAUGUUGCCUCAUUGAGGAGGCAGAGGAACGAGCAAAAUCGCCCUGCUGACGACGCGGAUCAGCAAGAACCCGGCGUCGAACUGCGUGAAUACCUUAUCCUCCUACGCGAUCGCCGGCGACAUACCAAGCUGCAAGUCUUUCAACAUUAUCUCGACGAGUUGAAGACGAGAGACACGACUGAGUUGGGAGAUAUUGAGAGUGGAGGGGAACAACUGCCAUUGCGCGAGGUUGAAGCGGGUCGCAGUGGUUCUGAAACGGGCUUGGAUGAACUCGUCCACAAUCUCGAGAGGGCUGUUAUUCGUGCUAGAACUCAAUUGGAUCGCGAAAAGCUGCUUUUCGAGAAAGCCAAGGCACGGAAUGCAUCUCUAGAGACGUCCCAGAGUGAAGUCUCGCCAGAGGUCAAAGCUCAAGCUUUACAAAAGACCCGCGAUGAGCUAGUUCAAUGGGUUGAAGAACGACUAGUUAGUCAGGGAGACCCGGAUGAAAGCGUACUCCAGGAUCUUCCUGCGGAGGAAAUUGAGCAGGUCCAGCGGGAGCUUGAGGAGCGCAAGCAGCAGAUUGCAGAUCAAUAUGCUGCAUAUGUACAGGCACGGCGAGAUCUCCUUGAUGCCGCAUCCAAGGCAUGCCAACCACCCACCAUACCGCCCAAACCUCCAUCCAGAUCAACCUACAAGAACGAAAUCACUACCGCGGAGGUACCACCCCCAAACCCAAUUGACGUGCUUUCGUACGCAAGUGAAAACUUGGUGCCACUAUCAAAGAGCCAUAAGGCCCUGGCUCUCCAGAAAACCUAUCUAUCGGGCUUACUCUCCAAGGAAAAGUUUACGACGCUGCGAGCUCUCAACCGCCUGAGCGAUGAAUCCCACUUGCUCCCCGAGUAUCCAAUUGUUGCGCGACAGCCACGGUUCAAGCACGCAGUUUCCGCUCUCGGUUCUCGAACCCAGACGCAACCUUCAGAGCAGCCCACUGAUGAAGUUCUCAGUCUCGCCGAGGCAUGGGCAUUUGCCUCUGAUGCUGCAGCCACCAACGAGCGAGACUUUGUCCAGCAAAAAAUUGCACUGGGUACUGAAGUUGCUCAAGAUGCAAGCAAGACUCUUACUGAUGUAUACAGCAUUCUUAAUCAGGACCUCGAUGAGGUCAUGGAUGGCCAGGCACGGGAGCGGGAUGGGAAUAUCUGGGCCUCCGAAGCUUACUCCAGAGAACUGCCGAAGGCUGGUGGGUCUCGGAUUGAGAAGCGACCGAAGGGUCCUUGGUCAGGAUUGAAUGGAAGAGUUGGUUUAGAGUGA